AUGGAUUACUUUGCCGGCAGAGCCACUGGACCUCCCGUAGACUACGUCGCACCUACCUGGCCGGAUUUACAGGAGUGGGUCAUAGGAGCCGAGUCUGACCAAAUGACAAGUGACGUAUUGUGGUAUAAAGGAGAUAUUGUUGUAUUCACUCUCGUCUGGACAGUGAUCCUCUUCUCAAUCGUCUACGGCGUCGCCGGAUUGUGGGCAUAUUUUGUCUUCUUCCGUAGUAAACUUGGCCUUAUUCUUCUGCUCACUUUCGGUGGUAUUGGACUGUUUGCUGGCGCGUCUUCCGGUGCUGUUGUCGGCAUUCUUCUCGCAAGUGUUUACAAUGCCGGUUACUUUGCAAUGGCUACCUGGAUCCCAUUGGCGUGGGCUCUGGUACAAGUUCUAAUCGUCAUCAUUUCUGCUGAUGCCGAUCUUAGCUUGACGACGUUGUGA